ACACACCUAUCCAUUGUCUCUCUCUCUUUCUCUCUCUCACACACACACACACACACACACACACACACUCACACAGAGCUGUGUUCAGAACCGAGCCGCUCACAUCUGAUACAGAAACCGAGGGAAGAUCCAACAUCCGAAAUGCAGCGCUCUGCAGUUAUUUUUGUCCUGGCGUUCUCCGCGGCCGCCUGGGCUCUGGAUAACGGGCUGAUGAGGACCCCGCCGAUGGGAUGGUUAGCCUGGGAACGUUUCCGCUGCGACACCGACUGUCUGAACGACCCCGACAACUGCAUCAGUGAGCAUCUGUUCAUGGAGAUGGCAGACAGACUGUCGGAGGACGGCUGGAGAGAGCUGGGAUACGUCUACAUCAACAUCGACGACUGCUGGUCCUCAAUGCAGAGAGACAGUCAGGGACGACUGCAGCCUGACCCCAAGAGGUUUCCGCGAGGCAUCGCUCAUCUGGCGCAGUACGUUCACGACCGCGGUCUGAAGCUGGGCAUCUACGGAGACAUGGGCACUCACACCUGCGGUGGAUAUCCAGGAACCACGCUGGACAAGAUCGAGACGGACGCACAGACCUUCGCUGACUGGGGCGUGGACAUGCUGAAGCUGGACGGAUGCUACUCCAACUCAUCCUACCAGGAACAAGGCUACCCGAUGAUGUCAAAGGCCCUGAACGCUACGGGCCGUCCCAUCGCCUACUCCUGCAGCUGGCCGGCCUAUCAGGGUGGCCUCCCGCCAAAAGUGAACUACACGCUGCUGGGUCAGAUCUGUAACCUGUGGAGGAACUAUGAUGAUAUCCAGGACUCAUGGGACAGUGUGAUGAGCAUCGUCGACUGGUUCUUUGAUAAUCAGGACGUCCUGCAGCCAGCAGCCGGACCGGGUCAGUGGAACGACCCCGACAUGCUGAUCAUUGGAGACUUCGGCCUCAGCAUGGACCAAUCACGUGCUCAGAUGGCUCUGUGGGCGAUCAUGGCCGCGCCCCUCUUCAUGUCUAACGAUCUGCGUACGAUCAGCAGCGACGCUCGCGCAAUCCUGCAGAAUAAAUUCGCCAUCGGCAUCAAUCAGGACCGCUUGGGCAUCCAGGGCAGACGCCUGAUCAAAGAGAAGAACGGGAUCGAGGUGUUCUGGCGGCCGUUGGCUAAAGGAUCCAGCGCUCUGGUGUUCCUCAGCAGGAGAUCUGAUAUGCCUUAUCCCUACAAGACGUCUCUGAAGGAGCUGAGCUACAAGACUGGAGUGUAUGAGGUGUAUGACGUGUUUUCGGAGAAGCUCUUGCCUCAGAUGAAGGACAGCACUGAGUUUGUUGUGUCCAUCAAUCCGUCCGGUGCGGUCAUGUGGUACGUCAAUCCUGUAGCCGAGUGGUGGAAGGAGGCGGAGCCUAGGCGGUUCAGCGAGAAGCUGAUUGGUCCAAAGUUCCAUCAGCAUCAUAAUGAGGUCGACGCCCCUCUAGUGCUUUAAGCUCCGCCCAUCAGGAACGAGCGACACACUCAGGAAUAUCACUUGAUUUCUUCUUUAAAUGUUUUCUUGUGUGAUUUUUUUUAAAGGUCUGUUUCUACCCAGUGACGUUUAAGUUUUGAAUGAAUUGCUGUUUUUGGAUGGAACCAAAUGUUUUUUCAAAUUUACGCUAAUUUGUGCACAUUCAAGUUUGAAGUCCUUUUAGUACGUAUUAAUCAAGAUGUUGAAAUUAUGAUGCUUUUGUUGAGGUGUAUGUACGUAUGAGAGUGUAAGAGCAUAAAAAUAGUCAGCGUUAUCAAUUUUGGUCCUGAACUAGGUUAGAAGCGCGUUAAAACAUAACAAUACAUUUCCAUAUUAAUAAGAUCAUUUACACUGUUCCAAAUGUCCCCAAGAAGUCUUUUAAAAUGAGUUUGUCAACAGUUUCUGAACAUACCUGAUGACAUCUAUUCUUGUAAAUGAGUUGCCUCUAUGAUGAUUUACUUAUUUUGUGUUAUUUUGUCAAUACACCUGAUUUCAUAACUUUGGCUGUCACUUUUAAUGCAAUAAAAUCAAAUAAAUUGUUGUUAAAGCCA